AUGGUAGGAAACGAGAUUCGAGAUGAAGAUAGGAAAAAUAUCCACUCUAAGUAUAUAUGUACUUACUGUGAUGAUCUUCUUGUCAAUCCAAUUCAAACGUCUUGUGAACAUUUAUUUUGUCAAUCUUGUAUCGAGAUUCUUUUUGGAUGUCCUAAUCCAAAAUGUACUGAAGAUGAAGAACAUUUGAACAGAAACAAUAUUUUUCCAAAUGAUGACAUAAAGCAGGAGUUGAAUUGUAUUGUUUUACAUUGUCCCAAUGAAAAGUGCAAAUGGCUUGGCCCCUAUCAAGAAUUAAAGACCUCAAUAGAAGAAGAUGCUCCAGAACAUAUGAAUGACAGGAUGGAGAGCCUUGAGGGUCGCGGUAAUAGCAAUAGUGAACUAUCUCCAGAUUCAAAAUGUCCAGAAGAUGAAGAAAAAUUAAUAAAAACUAACGACCACAUAGACAGUGUUUGUGAAAAUGCACCCGUGGUUUGUAAAUAUUGUAAGAAGAACAUACCAAGAAAAGAUAAUGAACAUUAUGAAAGUACGACUUGUGAUGAAGUGCCGACGAAAUGUGAAUUUCAAGCUAUUGGAUGUAACUAUGAUAAACUGAUGAAACGAAAGGAGAGCCAACAACAUAUGAAUGAAAAUCUAAUUGAUCAUGUGAGCGCCUUGUUACGUCAUGUUAUGGCAUUUGUUAAACAGUUAAGUAACUACGUAUCACGUCCAGAGCUUACUACUGCUGUUCUAAACAUGGCUGACCAAGUUACUGCUGUUCGUGCUAAUCUUUCAGAAAAAUUUUUGAUGCUGGUAGGUAAACUUACAGAUCUUGAAAGGAGUAUUGAAAGUCUAGGGAGCCCUUGUGAUAGCAAUGAUAAUAACACCCAGUCUCUAGAUGUUUCCUCCAUGGUUGAAAGGAUAGCGACUCUCGAGCAACAAGUGAAAGAUAAUUCCUCAACUAUUCUACGAUUUCGUGAGAGCUUAGACGAAAUUGACGAGUCACUCGCGAGAAACACGGUUAAGAUUACGGACCUAGAAGUGCAACGUGGAUCGUGUGCACUAGGAUCUAACCAGGCCAUACACAGCUACAAUGGCACAUCACUUUGGAUGGUAGAUAACAUCAAGAAGAAGAGACAGGACGCCAUUAAUGGCAUCAAAACAGCCUUGUACAGUCCACCAUUCUACAGUUCUCAAUAUGGUUACAAGAUGUGUGCUAAGAUCUAUAUGAAUGGUGAUGGUUUUGGAAAAGGAACUCAUUUAUCUUUGUUCUUUGUUGUCAUGAAAGACGGUGCUCGAUUGCUUAAAGUCGAGAUGUAA